AUGGGGAAGAAACUGGACCUUUCCAAGCUCACAGAUGCGGAGGCCAAGCACGUCUGGGAGGUGGUGCAGCGGGACUUGGAGCUGAGACGCAGAGAAGAGGAGAGACUGGAGGGGCUGAAGGGCAAGAUGAAGACGGGAAGCUCCCAGCGGGAGCUGGUUUCCGACGCCACCCACCUGAACGACACCCACUGCGCCCACUGCCUGCAGCCCUACCGGCUCCUGGCGGCCCCCAGGCGGCAGUGCCUGGGCUGCGGGCUCUUCGCCUGCCCCGGCUGCAGCCACGAGCACCCCGAGGAGGACGGCUGGCUCUGCGACCCCUGCCACCUGGCCAGGGUGGUGAAGAUGGGCUCCCUGGAGUGGUACUACGGGCACCUGAGGGCCCGCUUCAAGCGCUUCGGGAGCGCCAAGGUGGUGCGGUCCCUGUGCGGGCGGCUGCCCGGCAGAGGUUUGUCCAGCAGAGCGCUCAGCUCGCCCAGUGUGCACAGUGGGCCUGAGCCAAGCCCUGGAGAGAGAAGCGGAGACGGUGAGCAGACAGAUACGGAUGGAGAGCUGGACACAGAGGCCCAGGCCCAGGCCCUUGGCAGCAAACCUGCACCCCCCAAGAAAAAGCGCCUCCUCCCCAUUCACAGCCUGGACUUCGAGGCCGACUCUGACGACUCCGCUGGAUCCUGUGGCCACCCCCAGAGCCUGUCCUCGGCCCCCCCGGCCCCGGGCAGCCUGCAGGCCCUUACAGGUGAGCCCCGCACAGAGGAGGCCGUGGUCCUGCAGGAGGCUGAUGCCCAGGCCUCUGGGUGGCACCCCCACGCAGACGAGCAGACAGCCAGCCUCUGCCCUGCCGGACAGGAUGCCCGCGCUGAGCCCCGCCUGCUGGGAGAGUCCUGCUCAGCUGCCCCGGGGAUCGCUGCCACGCCUGGGGUGAACGUCGUCGGGAAUGAGCAGCUCGCCUCCCGGUACCUGGUGGACGUGGACACCUCUGACGAAGAGGGCACUCGGGCCCACGGGGCGGCCUCCCACCGUUCCCAUCACCGGGGCUGGGCCUCGCCGGAGAGCCAGUGUCCCGGUGCCGGCGAGCCCACGGGCGCCGACGUGGAAGAAGAGGCCCUGAGGAGGAAGCUGGAGGAGCUGACCGGCCACGUCAGUGACCAGGACGCCUCGUCCGAGGAGGAGGGCAAGGACACAGGGCGGGCGCGGGGCAGGAGCGCCCGCUCGGAGGACCCCCCCGGGAUGACCCCAGAGGUGAGCACGUCUGCAGGCCAAGCGCACAGAUGGGAGAAGAGCCCCCCGGGCCCUCAGGAUCCCGCCGAGGCCCCCAGGACCCCGGGCGAGGCGCUGUCGGAGCUGGAGGACAGGGUGGCCGUGACGGCCUCGGAGGUUCAGCAGGCGGAGAGCGAGGUGUCAGAAAUCGAGGCCAGGAUCGCAGCCUUGCGGGCUGCUGGGCUCACCGUGGGGCCCUCGGGGAAGCCCCGGAGGAGGUCAAGGCUCCCGAUAUUUCUCCCCCGACUUGCUGGGAAAUCAGCCCAGAGCCCCGAGGAUCCGCCUGCAGGCCCUUCGGGUGGGGCCGAGGUGAUGGCCGUGCCCCACCUGCUGAGGAGGAAGUUCAGUGAUUCCCCUGAAAGUCCAGGUAAGAGUGACGAGUCCUUCGAUCGGAAAUCGGUGUACCGAGGGUCCCUGACACAGAGAAACCCCAACGGCAGGAGGGGCGCCGCCCGCCACAGCUUUUCAGUCGCUUUUAUGAAUGGAGCGGGAAAGGAUGACACCACGUGUCCCGUCAGAGCCGGCACAGCCGACAGGGCCCCCGGGAGGUCUCCGGCCCCAGGACGGGCUCCCCGACACUACGCUCGUCGGCACCGAUGA